ACCGCUACUUUGGACUAACACAAACCAAACACAAUGGAAGAAAACCUUCCUUCCCCUUUCACUAACGUUGUUCCCAACUUAUCGGAAUCCGAGCUUCGGGAAACUGCCUACGAGAUUCUGCUGGCAGCAUGCCGGAGCUCAGGGCCAAACGCAGGGGAUAGGAAUGCGGUGGUGCAGAGGUCUCCGACAUGGAAGAAGACGGUGGGUCUGAAAACAAUGUCGUCAAGGAGUACGCGGUCAGGGGCAAGGGGAGAGUUAAUGAGAGUGCAGAUGAGAGUUUCAGAGCUCACUGACACCAUAAUCAGGCGAGCCUUACUCAGAGUUGGUGCUGCAGGCCAGCUUGGAGGACGCAUGGUGUCUAUGGUUAUGCCGCUUGAGCUAAUCCAACAUGUUAGGCGUUCAGAUUUUCCUAGUCAACAAGAAUAUGAGGCUUGGCUAAGGAGAAAUUUGAAGGUUCUUGAAGCAGGAAUCCUCUUGCACCCUCACUUGCCGUUGGUUGAGACACACACUGAUGAUAUGGUGCACCUUAAGCGUAUGAUCAGUGCAAGUAUUGAGAAGCCAAUGGAUCUUGGAAACAACAAUGAAUUAGUGCAAGCUCUCCGGAGUGUGGUUAUGUCUCUUGCUUCCAGGUCAUCUGAUUGUUCUGUUCCCGAGACAUUCCACUGGGCUGAUGGCUUUCCUAUAAACCUUAAGAUCUACCAAACUCUAAUAGAAGCAUGUUUUGAUAACAAAGAAGAAACCUGUGUGAUAGAAGAAGUUGAUGAAGUCAUAGAGCUCAUUAAGAAGACAUGGGUUGUGCUUGGAAUGAACCAGAUGCUGCAUAAUAUCUGUUUUUCCUGGGUUUUGUUUCAUAAGUAUGUUUCCACUGGCCAGCAAGUGGAUAAUGAUUUGUUGUUUGCCUCGAGUAAUCUAUUGGCAGAAGCUGAGAAAGAUCUUAAGUCCAUGGAGGAUCCUUUUCUCUCAAACACCUUGAGGUCCACACUGGGUUUGAUGUUAAGUUGGUCAGAAAAAAGGCUCCUUGCUUACCAUGAUACUUUUUACAUUGGUAAUAUUGGGACAAUGCAAAGUGUCGUUUCUCUAGCUGUAUCAUCAGCAAAUAUAUUGAUGGAAGAUACUUCUCUCAAUAAGCAAAAUAGGAUUAGUAAAGAAGCAGAAGUUUCUUGCACCAGAGUUGAAAAUUACAUCAGAUCAUCACUGUUUGCUGUUUUCUCUCAGAAAUUGGAGAAACUAGACCCCAGCAAGUAUGUAUCCGAAAAACAGAAUAAAGCCCUUCAUGGUCUUUCUAUCCUUGCACAAGAUGUCAGUGAACUAGCUUCUUAUGAGAAGGCAAUGUUUAGUCCAAUACUAAAGAGGUGGCAUCCACUUGCAGCUGGUGUUGCUGUGGCUACCCUUCAUUUGUGUUAUGGGAAUGAGUUGAAGCAAUAUGUGAGGAGUAUAACAGAGUUGACACCUGAUGCUGUAGAAGUGUUGUUGGCUGCUGACAAAUUGGAGAAACAUUUGGUACAGAUAGCUGUUGAAGAUUCAAUUGACAGUGAAGAUGGAGGGAUAUCCAUUAUAAGGGAGAUGCACCCUUAUGGGGCUGAAGCUAUAAUUUCCAUGCUGGUCAAGUCAUGGAUAAAUACCAAAGUGGAUAGAUUGCAGGAAUUGAUUAACACAAAUCUGCAACAAGAGGAAUGGAAGCCUCGUGCAAAGAAAGAAAGCAUUGCUCUUUCCGCUGUUGAAGUCCUACGAAUGAUAGAUGACACUCUGGAAGAGUUCUUUCUGCUGCCUAUACCAACGCAUGCAGUAUUGCUUCCAGAAUUAAUCACUGGUCUUGACAACUCUCUGCAACAAUACAUUUUCAAGGCCAAAUCUGGAUGUGGGAACCGCAAUACUUUCAUUCCAACUUUGCCACCUUUGACUCGGUGUUCUAGAGGGUCAAAAUUUCAUGUUAUAUUCAAGAGAAAAGAAAAGCCACAAUUGAAACAGAGUAGGAAUUCACAGGUUGAUACUAAAAAGCACGAAAGCUCAUUGGAGCUACCCCAGCUUUUUGUUCGCAUCAAUACCCUGCAACGCAUGUCAAUGGAAUUGAAGGUUUUGCAGAGGAGGACAAUGACUCGUUUACGGAGUUUCGCUUUCAUUGAAGAGGAUGAUGCUAAGGCGGUAUUCAAUUUCAAGCUUUCUACGGCUGCUUCUAUUGAAGGUGUCAACCAGCUCUCCGAGACCAUAGCAUACAAAAUCAUUUUCCAUGAUCUGUGUCAUGUUCUUUGGAACGGCCUUUACGUUGGUGAAGUUUCAGCAACAAGGAUUGAACCUUUUCUUGAGGAACUUGAGCAGUACUUGGAGACUGUAUCAUCAACAGUGCAAGACAGAGCCAAAAGGCUUGUGACUACCAAGGUAAUGGAGGCUGCUUUUGAAGGGUUCUUGUUGGUUUUGUUAGCCGGUGGUCCAUCACGUAGUUUCUCCCUUGAAGAUUCUGCUAUGAUAGAGGAAGACUUCAAGUGUCUAACUGAUAUGUUCUGGUCCAAUGGGAAUGGUUUACCUACUGAGGUGAUAGAACAACUUUCCACUACCGUCAAAGAUGUGCUUCCACUGCUUAGCAUGGAUACUGAGCACUUGAUUCAGCAACUUGGUUUCAGUAUGGAAAUGUGUGGACCUUUGGGCAAGUCUCAGCUCCAACCAUUGCCUGCAACAACUGGUCAAUGGAGUCCUACUGAACCAAGCACGCUAUUGCGAGUUUUGUGUUAUCGACACCAUGACACAGCUUCCAAGUUCCUCAAAAAGAAUUACAACUUGCCAACCAAAAUCUAACUGCUCAUAAAUUAAACAUGUACCUACUGUCUCUAUAAAUACUCUACCAUCCAAUAACUUAAUGGAAGCAAUAGAUCUGCUAUAUCAUACUUAAGUUUCAUUUUUUUUUUCAAAAUUUAAAUUACCAUAUUUUAUUUUAUAGUGUCAUCAAU